UGUGGGGUGGACGUACCUCUUCUCAUUUCCUGGGGGUGGUCCCAGGCUAGAGUGGCAGCUGUAGUAACCAAUAGGCAUGGGUAUUGUUGGGCCAGGGGCCAAUGAGGAAUCCCCUGAGGGAGAAGGGGAUCAUUUGGUUGAGGAUGUAAGCACCGGAGGAACAUGGGGCUGUACCAGAGGUGGCGGCGGCUCCGGCUCCCAGGGUUACAAGCCUGCGGGCUACACACGGCGCUUGAGGCAGCUGUGCCGGCGCCGCCAGCCUGCUUGGUAGAACGGCUUGGCCUUUUUGAGGCGCUCUGGGCUGCGCAGGUGAAGAGGUUAGCAGGCUUGGCGCAGAAGGAACCCCGGACUAUUAGGGUCGCGCUCCCCGGAGGACGGAGAGUGGAGGCGGUGGCAUGGAACACAACCCCUUACCAGCUGGCCCAGCAGAUCAGGUACCAGGCCCCGUCUCUACCUGCCAGUAUCGCUCUCCCCCUCUGCGUCCGCUGCACCCGAGCGGAGAGAAAACGCUGCUUUCUCUGUUCCACGCCAUCAAGUGCAACCCUGGCAAAUACCGCAGUGGCCGCCCAAGUGAACGGGGAGCCUUAUGAUCUGGAGCGGCCCUUGGAGACAGAUUCUGACCUCAGAUUUCUGACGUUUGAUUCUGCAGAGGGGAAAGCAGUGUUCUGGCAUUCCAGCGCCCAUGUCCUGGGGGCAGCGGCUGAACAACUCCUAGGUGCUGUCCUCUGCCGAGGACCCAGCACAGAGUGUGGCUUCUACCAUGAUUUCUUCCUGGGAAAGGAACGGACUAUCCGGGGCUCAGAGCUGCCUGUUUUGGAGCGAAUUUGCCAAAAACUUGCAGCUGCUGCUCAGCCCUUCCGGAGGCUAGAGGCUUCCCGGGAUCAGCUUCGCCAGCUCUUCAAGGAUAACCCUUUUAAGCUCCGCCUGAUUGAGGAGAAAGUGACGGGUCCGACAGCAACAGUUUAUGGGUGUGGCAUGUUGGUGGAUCUUUGCCGGGGCCCCCACCUUCGGCAUACUGGACAGAUUGGAGGACUGAAGCUGCUCACGAACUCGUCAUCCUUAUGGAAGGCCUCAGGGGCCCCCGAGACGCUGCAGAGGGUGUCUGGGGUUUCCUUCCCCACAGCAGAGGAGCUGAGGGCCUGGGAAGAAUGGAGGAAGGAGGCAGAGUCACGGGACCACCGGCGCAUCGGGAAGGAACAGGAGCUCUUCUUCUUCCAUGAGCUGAGUCCCGGGAGCUGCUUCUUCCUGCCCCGGGGGACGAGGGUGCACAAUGCCCUGGUGUCUUUCAUCAGGGCCGAGUACACCCGCCGUGGUUUCUCAGAAGUAAAAACACCCAUACUGUUUUCUACGAAACUCUGGGAACUGUCGGGACACUGGGAGCAUUAUCAGGAAGACAUGUUUGCCCUGCAGUCCCCAGGCUCUGACAGGCCCACCAGCUCCCAGAGUGACCACUCUACCAGCCAUCCCACAGACACGCUCGCCCUCAAGCCCAUGAACUGCCCUGCACACUGCCUGAUGUUCGCCCACCGGCCCCGAUCCUGGCGAGAGCUGCCCCUGCGACUGGCAGACUUUGGUGCCCUUCACAGGGCCGAGGCCUCGGGCAGCCUGGGAGGACUGACCCGGCUGCGGUGCUUCCAGCAGGAUGAUGCUCACAUCUUCUGUGCACCGGACCAGCUGGAAGCAGAGAUCCGGGGCUGCCUGGGUUUCCUCCGCUCCGUCUAUGCUGUCCUGGGCUUCUCCUUCCGCCUGGCACUGUCCACCCGGCCGGCUGGCUUCCUGGGAGAGCCCUGCCUCUGGGACCAGGCUGAGCAGGUCCUUCAACAGGCCCUGGAAGGGUUUGGAGAACCCUGGGACCUCCACCCUGGAGAUGGUGCCUUCUAUGGGCCUAAGAUUGACGUGCACCUCCACGAUGCCCUGGGUCGGCCCCAUCAGUGCGGGACAAUCCAGCUUGACUUCCAGCUGCCCCUGAGAUUUGACCUCCAGUACAAAGGGCGAGCCGGGGCCCUGGAGCGUCCAGUCCUCAUUCACCGAGCAGUUCUGGGUUCUGUGGAAAGGAUGCUGGGAGUGCUGGCGGAGAGCUGUGGGGGGAGAUGGCCACUGUGGCUGUCCCCAUUCCAGGUGAUGGUCAUCCCAGUGGGGACCGAGCAGGAGGACUAUGCCAGGGAGGUACAGCAGAGCCUGCAGGCGGCGGGGCUGGUCGGAGACCUGGACGCUGACUCCAGGCAGACCCUCAGCCGGAGAGUCCGCGGGGCCCAGCUCGCCAACUACAAUUUUCAGUUUGUGGUUGGCCAGAAAGAGCAGAGCAACAGAACAGUGAAUGUUCGGACGCGAGACAAUCGUCGGCUCGGAGAACGGGACUUGACAGAGGCUGUGGGGCGGCUGCUGGAGCUGCAGAACACCAGGGUCCCAAAUGCCGAGGAAAUUUUCUGAGCGUUUGCAUAGUCAUGUGACAGACCUGCAGGAGCCACCAGCCUCUCCAAACACAGGAGGGGCCAACCUAACGGACAGUCUGGAGUCCCAGACCCUUUAGAACUUGUGUGGAGGCCUGAAUCUCUUUGGAAAGAGAUUUGUUGUGGAGGAAGCCACAGCUGCUUGCAUGUGAGGAGAGCGAAACAGCAUAAUAAACCUAAAGCUCU